UACUCCAAUUGUCAGAGAUGAAGCAAACCGAAAGAGUUUAGAAACCAGUGAAAGCCAUGUGUCUUCACUCUCAGCAGUGAUGAGUACACCCUCGCUUCACCCACAGGUGAUGCAGCGGAGUUAAUCACUUAUACCCUUGAAUGCGUGGGAGAGCCAUAUCUCACUACAGUCGACUACUUCAUCCGGCAUCUAAAAGAGGCAUUUCCAGUCCGAGACUGCGAUUGUUUCAGCAUCUUGCGAAACAGGCAUGGAGACCGCACGCAGAACCAAAGCGCACUUCAUUUGGACAUCUGUUGCUUUGGUCGUUGUUAUCGCUGCGUCAUGCUUGAUUUAUGUCUUCUUGUCUAAGACACACAACCAGGUACCCACAUGCCAGAAAGCUAACAUCGUCAUUGCUCCUUUUUUAUUCGAUCCGACAGCCACUUCAUUGGGAAAUAUAUGCGGACGCAAAUCCUCUCGAGAACACUGGCUCGUGAAAGCUCAGAGAUUUAAUGAGAAAGACGGUCGUCUGAUCUGGGAGGAUGAAUGGGCAGAAAACAGGAAUAAGAGCGAGCGUAUUCUCGACCACACCAACAUGUGGAUGGUCAUUCGAGAGAAGGGUGUUUAUCUCUUGUACAUACAGGCCAACUUCAAGCUGAAGUACAGCGAAGAACGAAAACUUCUUGUGGAUUUCGAAUAUAGUAAUGGCACACAUACACAGGAUGAUGCACAGAUCUUUGCAGCUGCACACGACACCCAGGUGGUGAAUUCCAGUGAGGUGCAGGACGCAAAGCUCAACACUUUUCUCAAGAUGGACCUGAACUCAGGAAGUCGGCUAUCUGUAAGAGCGUUUCCAAGUGAUGCUGUGACCACGGCCGCAAGACCCUUCUCCACCUUCAUCACUCUCAUAAAGUGGGCAGAUGACUGGUAGAUUGUGCAGCGAGAAUAUCACUGAUAUCGUUAUUUGCUGCCCAGAUGAACGCUUUAGCAUUGCAACUGUUGUUAAUUGUAAAAUAUCAAUAUUUAAGAUCAGCUGCUGCUGAAAGUUGCUUCAGCGUUACGCCUGAGAUCUUCCAGCUGGAACUAGGAAAUGCUCAUUGACAUUAACAACAAUUGCGUAGGAGGUUGUGAUACUUUCUUGGUGUUUUUUCCCUUUUAUUUCCUUUCGAAACAUGAAGAUCACAUCUCAUGGUUUUCUCAGAAGCAUGACACAUUUUCCUUACAAGACAUAUAUGUGAGUGAGGUUUGUUGUGUUUCAGUUUUUUAAUGAGUCAAGAUGAAAAGGGCAUGAUGUACUGUUUAUGAGCAUAGACUUUGAAAAAACUUGUGUAUUUAGUACAUCAUGCAUGUGAUCGACAAAACAGCAGUAAGCUAAUUCUGAGCAAGUGAACAUUGUAGUAUGUCACCAUGCAGUAUUUAAUUCUCGACGACUGAAUGUAAAAUCCUCAAGUCCCAAUGUCAAUUUUGUCCAACGUCUAUUUUAUUCAUGAUUAGCGUGUCAUAAAUAGGCUGCAGAGCUACACUUUAUCUGUUGAGGUAAGAAACCAGUAUUGUUUCUAAAAAAAUGUCUUCUCACACAUUCUUCUCUUCAUUUGAAAGACCUCUAGAUUAUAUCUAAUCCAUCAGUGUUUUGAUGGGAUGGAUGGUUGUUAUGACGUGGUUACAACUAGUGACAUACCACUAGUAAGUAACACUAGACCAGCUAAAGUCAAGUGAGCCAUAUAAAGCUAAAUCAACUGUUAUGAUGAGAAUAAGACAUUCUCUUUAUAGAUAACAGAUGUUUUUUUUCUACAAUCAGUGAAACUUUGCUUUUGAAGCGUUUAUUUGAAUAAUCUAAGGUUGCUGGUCAGAUUUUAAGAAUGUAUUUUACCAGAAAACUAUUGAGCGAAUUCAAUUAAGUAGGAAAAUAUUUGAGUAUUUUUGAGUGUCGUUUUAAUAGGUAAAUAUUUUGUAUACCAGGUAAACCGUGCCAAAUUGUUUUUACUGUUCUCAAAUAUAUAUAAACAUACAUUUAUAUUUAUUUUACGUUUUUAAUAUUCUAUUUAAGCUAUUAUAAAUAUUUUCUAUUUGUCUGCCUUCCAUGCGUUUAAAAUCGUUGUAACAAACAAUCAUAGUGUAAUUAUACUGGAGAAUGUGAUU